CCAGUGUGCUCGACGGAGCUCGAUUCAACAUGAAGGCGAUUUUUAUUAUCACCACCCUGGUGGCAAUUGCUGCUGCCUCCCAUAUUCCAGCUUCCUCGCCGGCCCGAAGUCUCAAAGAAGACCUACUGGAAUUUGUCGAUCUGCUCCCGUUGGAUGAGCUCACAGAUCUGGUCGUUCGUUAUAUAACAUCCGACAAGGAGUUCCAGAAAGCAUUCCUUUACCUACAAGGUGAGGAAUUCUCCGCCGUUUGGGAUCAAUUCUUUGCGGUGAAAGAGGUCAAGGAUGUGCUAAACCAUGUACAGGAUACAGGACUGCAGGUGUACGAGCUUUUGAAUGAGGUUGCCGAUUUCCUGGGACUGAAUCACGUCGAGUCAGUUCGAGUGAUGAAACGUGUAAGAUCAAGUGGAUUGAGUGGAUUCUUUGACGAAGUUCUUGAACUACUGCCCGUAGAAGAACUAAAGGCUCUGUAUGAACAGAAGUUGAAAUCAAGCCCGGAAUUCAAGGCUUUUUUCGACAAAGUAUUGAGUUUGGAUUUCCAGAAAUUAGUAGAUUUUUAUCAGAGCUCCAAGGAAACUCAGGCCAUGGUUCAGAAGCUACGCGAUCAUGGAGUCGAUGUUGAUAAGUUCUUUGACAUGGUUGCUGGAUUUUUUGGAUAUUCCUCCUAGGCCUCUUCUAGAAAACAUAAAUUUUCAAAAUUGAAUCAAUUUUUUCAACUUAUAAG